AUGCCGCCAAAGGUGCUCGCAUCAGACGACUGGUUCGAAGUCGUCCUGGUCAAACAGGGCACGUCCGCCAUCAGCUUCCGGUGGACAUUCCACAACCCGCUCGAUGUGCCGUACGAUCUGUUUAAGGUGGAAAAGUGCUACAGUGUAAAGCGAGAUCGUUGGGACACGGUCUAUUGGGGCGCCGACACCAACCUAACCGUGAGGUAUCUUGAGCAAAAUCUCUGUUACUCAUUCCGAGCCAGCAUUCUACAUCAACCUUCAGACGGAGCCAACUUCCAUUACGCCUACCAAUCGCCUAUCUUCAAGGCAUGCACACUUCCAAACGUACCAUCCACCAUGGGUCUGUAUCGGGCGGUCAAAAAAGGUCAACCAUCCUUAGUUCGUCGGCUUCUUCACACCCGUCCUGAACUAGUUGAUGUGCCCGUUCACGGUGAAACCUUCCUGUAUAGAGCCGUUCGUAGUGGCAGCCCGGAGCUGGUGAACGCACUACUCGAUGCCGGUGCCAAUGUCGACCUGGGCGUACCGGACACACGAGUCACACCGCUCCAUUUGGCGGUGUACCAACGCAACUUGACGCUAGUGCGACUCCUCAUUGAACGAGGUGCCAACGUGCAGGCACAAAACUGCGUCGGUAUGACCAUCGGUCACUAUGCGAUCGAUGCCGAUGAUGCCGCCAUGGUGAAGUAUGUGCUGACGUUGGGCAUUAGUCCGGAAACGCGUGACCGGUGUCAGUGGACGCUCAUUUUUCGGGCAUUGUACAUGCGCGUGUCCGUUGAUAUCGUGCGGCAUCUGCUGGAGCGUAAGUGUCGAUUGAAGGUAAAGGAUCGGUUGCGGCUAAAUCCACUGUACUAUGCUCAGAUCUGGGGCCAGGAGGAAGUCCUGCGAUUGUUGCGGAGGCGACUUAAGAUUUGA